GAAGCACCUGACAGCGAGCAGCCGGGUGGGGGCGGAGUUGCCAUGUUUAAAGAGAGGUGGACGUGCAGUUCCGUCCUGGCUCUCAAGCUUGAUUUGUAGUUAACCGGACCGCUCUGCACAACAGUGGGGUGAAGUAAAUAAGGUGAAAACAACUGAAUGAUCUGCUGGAAGACAUCUUUCCUUUUGAGCAUCAUCUCAGGGACAACAUCUACAGUGAAAAGGAUUAGGGUGACAUCAGCUCUUCUGCCUCCGGGGGUGAACUAAAUCGCAGACAGGAACACACAUUUAAUGUCAGCAGAGAAGAUGGAGACAGCAGCCGGUGUAUACGAUGGAGCAGGACCUGCAUAUGAGGGAAAAGAAGACGCCCUCAGUCCCGAGGAUCUGUCUGAGGUGCUGGCAGCAGGGACCAAGGAGGUCCAUGAAAAGGCUGAGAACACCCAGUUUGUGAAAGACUUCCUCAGAGGUCGCAUCCGCAAAGAGCUCUUCAAGCUUGGUGCCGUGGCGCUCUACUAUACUUAUACAGCCAUGGAGGAGGAGAUUGAAAGGAACAAAGACCACCCCCACUUUGCCCCUCUAUAUUUCCCUACAGAGCUGCAUCGCCAUGAGGCCCUGGCCCGUGACCUUGAGUACUUUUACGGCCCUGACUGGCAGAGCCAGGUCAGCUGCUCCCAGGCCACCCAACUCUAUGUGGACCGUAUUCAUCAAGUAGGGCAGGAGGACCCAGUGCUGCUGGUGGCCCACGCUUACACCCGCUAUAUGGGGGACCUGUCCGGGGGCCAGGUGCUGAGGAAGGUGGCACAGAGAGCCAUGAAGCUGCCGUCCACAGGGGAAGGCCUGGAAUUCUAUCAGUUUGAUGGCAUCCAUAGUGCCAAAGCAUUCAAGCAGCUGUACCGCAGUCGGAUGAACGAGCUGGUGCUGGACAUGGAAACGAAGAAGAGGCUAGUAGAGGAGGCUGUCAAGGCCUUCCAGUUCAACAUGGAGGUGUUUGACGAGUUGGAAGUGAUCGGUCAAACCAUCCAGGAGGAUGUUUUAGAUGCUGGCAUGCCCGUCCACGGAGCAAUGGGUGGAGACGUCAGCAAGUGUCCCUACUAUUCUGCCAAAAUGGCGGCGUCGGGUGGAACGGCAUACGCUUGUCAGCUCGUCAUGGCCGUACUCCGACACCCAACAGGACAGGUCCUGUUUGCUACAUGGUUUGCUGCUCUGGCUGGAUUGGCUGCGUGGUAUCUGAUGUGAUUCGGCCGUCACCCUGUCACUGCUGUAAGAGAGGGGGAGGAGAAAGAAGGGAGGACAGUAAGGAGAAAACUCCCUCAAGCUGUAGACCAUUUCCUAGUUUCAUAUAAACAUUCUGAACAGGUCCAGGUUUAUUUAAUGUUGUGUGUUUGCUAAUGAGAGUAGCUGACAGGAAUUAAACUUGGAUCUGUUUCUUUAUAAAUGAUGUGUAGGACCAUUGGCACGCCAUCUCCAUCCAUCCACCCACCCAUCAAGCUACACCUUGUUUUUAUCCUUCAGUCUUUUUAUUUCCCUACCUCCUCUGCACCAUCCCUCCAUCCUUUCUGUCCUUCCAGUGUGUUUGGUCGUAUCUGAAGAUCUUCUUAAGCUGCUUUCUGAUUUUUGUCAUGGAAGCAUACGGUUAAUAGCGAUAUUACAUUUUCUCCCAAUUUUAAAUGACACUGCCAGAUUGACAGAGCAUAGUGACUUUUAGAAGCGGCCCAUGUAUAAUUGGCUAUACAGUGAUACAUUGGUUGAUGAUGAUGAUGAUGAUGAUGAUGAUGAUGAUGAAUGGAUUGUCACAAUUAAUUCAUGGUGAGUUUAGUGGAAACGUGUUACAACGUACUAUGCAUAUGUUAUGAGUGAGUAUAAUGGCACAGUAUGAUUUUGCUGGGCAGACUGCUGUGGUGAUUUUGAAUCCGGUCUUUGUGCAAUAAAAGAUCUCCAUUUUUACUUCCUCACAUUGAUUGAAGUACUAAGGAUAAUGUGAAAACACGGUGCACUACACUGCAGUUAUGUUUUUAUUACGUGUCAUGAUUCAAACGUGGCCUCAAAUGUUUCCAAAACAAGUUUGAACAGGUGAGAGACGAUGGGAAUCAAAAACAUUUUCUUAUUUCAUUUUAAAUCUAGCACACCUACACUUUUAACAAGUGUAUGAUUCUUAAACAUCUUUUAGAUACUAGUGAAUAACCAGAUCAUUGAAUGUCCAGAUUCAUGUUCAAAUGGACUAUUUUUCGGUUUAAUAAUUAUGAUAUGGUAUCUUGUAUUUCCCCCCCAAAAAAAAACAAAACUGCCUUUUGUCGAUUUUUUAAUUUUUUUUUUAUUUUUUUUUAAAUGCAAAGCUUCACUAUCCAAGAGGAAUGAGUCAUUGAUGAUUCAGUCUUACCUGCCACAGGAGCCUAUAUUAGGACGAGGGCGAUAACAAAAGUGAUUAUGAUGGUUUGUCUACUAAAGGCUAAGCGUGUCUGAGUGUUGUGGUUUAUUUAAACUACUUCAGGUUGGGUACUUACAGGUAGGUCCUUCAACAGCUAACCUCUUGUUUAUGCAUCAUCACUAAAACUGCCCCACAUUUCGUUCAUACUGUAUGUUGGGAACAACAUUCCAAGUAGUGCUCAACUCAACAUGGAGACGGAGGAAUAUAUUAUGCUGUGUGUGUACUGUAUGUAGUGUUAUUGCACUGUUUUGCGAUUUGAAGUUUAAUAUUUAUCCUGACACCGUAAUGACAUUUUUAUUAACUUUGCAUUAUAUUCCAAGCAUUAUAUUUCCUUUGCUUGAAAUUGUUUGACAAACGGAACCAACGGAGACCUGCUGAAAACAUUUCACCCAGGUUCCGUGUGUGUGUGUGUGUGCGCGUGUGUGUGCGUGCUUGUUUGCACACUUUCACAUGUAACGCACAGUAUUCUUUAAUUAGCAAACAGAUUGGAUCAGACAUGGAAGCCGAAGUGAUGACGUGUUUUGUAUUUGAGAGUCUCAGGUUCAUGUAGUCAGAUGGCAAUGCAAUGCAUUUCAUAUGGAGGACUAUUAAACUCCUGUAAUUCAAAAUCCAGGUUAUUUAACUUUUUUUUUUGCCAGUGUGAUGUGUCAAAAUGCUAAAGUAUUUUUAGACAAACUGAGGGGACGCAUAGUUGAACCACGGGAAGUCUAGGUAGUGCGGGUCAGUUUAAACCUUAGAUUAAAGUGAGUGGGAUGCUCGACUAAUUCAUGAUUUUGAAUUCUCUUGCGUUUUCAUUAACCCUGCUCCGAUUCGCUUUAUAGUGUUUGGCUAGAAUGCUCUCAUUGUGUGAGAGUGAAACCCCAGGAUUAUGUUGGGCUUUCUAUUAUGAAAUAAAUUCUGUUUUCCUGCUCAUGAUGAAAUAAAGGCGAUUCAUUUGGA